AUGGUUGCAACUAUCGUGACUUGUGAGAGUGAUCAAAAGGAUGAAGAAGAAUUAAUUAUUCGGUCCGGCAUUGGGCUUGCAGUGACUGCGCAAGUGGCAGAGUCCAAGACAUAUUGUGUCCAAAUGCUUGCCAGCAUUGUUACAGCUUGCAUUUUGUAA